AUGACCAACAAAAAGCGAAAGAGACACAGCAAAAAUGACGCGUCAAACAAGAACCAGAAAUCACCAACUAACGAGGAGCGAAAGAUUACAUCACCUUCUACUACUAAGCGUACAAAGUCGAAUGAAUCUUCCAGCUUUCUCGAAAAGAUGCGAGCGAGGUUAUCUGGUGGUCACUUUAGGAUGAUUAACGAGAAGCUCUACACUUGCACUGGGAAGGAAGCACUUCAUUAUUUCCGCGAAGAUUCAUCUCUGUUUAACUUGUAUCAUGAAGGGUACAAAACACAAAUGUCUAAUUGGCCAGAAAAGCCAGUUGAUGUUAUUAUCAAGUGGCUGAAAAAACAGAACCCUUCUUUUGUUGUUGCUGAUUUUGGUUGCGGGGAAGCACUCAUUUCCAAAAGCGUGAAGAAUACCGUCUUCUCUCUAGACCUCGUCUCCAACGAUCCCAAUGUAAUUGCUUGUGACAUGGCAAAUACUCCACUAGGCUCAUCAUCUGCUGAUGUUGCUGUGUUCUGUCUCUCAUUGAUGGGAACCAACUAUCAAACUUACCUUGAAGAAGCAUACCGGGUGCUUAAGCCUGGUGGGUGGCUCUUGAUUGCAGAAGUAAAGAGCAGGUUUGAUCCAAACAAUGGAGGAGCAGACCCUGAGAAGUUCUCAAAGGCUAUUUCAGAGCUAGGAUUUAGCUCUGUCAAAAGUGACUUGUCAAAUAAAAUGUUUAUUUUGUUUUACUUCACAAAAAUGGGAAAGCAAAAUUCUAAGAGGAAGGAAAUCGAAUGGCCGUCACUUAAACCUUGCUUGUACAAGCGACGGUGA